CUCUCUCUCUCGUGUGGUGUCUCUCUCUCGUGUGGUGUCUGUUCCGUCUCCACACAGUGUCUAAAGAGGAGCGCUCUAAGUCUGUGUGUCUGCGGCUCCAGGAUUAACUGUGUGGAUUUGGCACUGACUGACUGACAGCUCUGUCUCACACACACACACACACACACACACACACACAGACACACAGACACACAGACACACAGUCAGGCCAGUGGACAAUAAGAGAAACCAGGGCUCGACUCCACAGUCCUUGUGGUUUGGAGAGACUGUUGAAGAGGUUGAAGGGGUCAACUGCCGGGGGAGUGUUCGAUUGGGACAGUGCUUUGUGCCUCCAGCCCAUCUCUAACAGGGCAUGCUGGACAGCAGAGGAGUCAUCAUGUCUACACACUGAACGGGGUGGGGGGAGGGAGGAAACAAAGCAAAAGGAAUAAAAGUCAAAGUCCGUGGGGAGGUUUCUCUUUAUACCUCAGAAUUUCCUAGGUCCGGGUUCGUGCUGUCUGGGAUAAAUGAUCACUUCAACCAGGCGAGUGUCUCCUGACAAAUCUGAAGUUAGAAUCGCCUUCAGCCUUGACCAAGACUCAGAGUUAAAAGAUGUGGAGGAGUCGGCGCCGUCUUUCCCUGAUCUGGAACACAGACUGCAGCCGGUGUCUCCCUGCUCCUCUCUGAGAGAGUCAGUCCAGGUUUACAGGGACCACUGUAGGAUGGCCAAGGAGUUCCACCAGGUCAAACAGGAGAUCUCGCUGCUAGAGGACCGCAAGCGUGAGCUGCUGGCCGAGCUGGUGGAGGACGAGCUUGUUGCCGUGGAGAUGGCCUGUCUGGAGGAUGAGUUCCGUGUCCUGUCGGAGGAGAACGCCACGCUGCUCAACGUCCACACUGAGCGCGCUCAGCAACUGGAGACGCUCAGCUCCACCAAUCGGAAUCAGACCAGCCAGGACAGCUCCUCCACGUGACCCCCUGAACUCGACUCGACCCCAAGAGAUGAUGACCUCGCUCGAGACCUUCACAAACUGACGCUACGGGCCCGUAUUCCAAAACUGCUGAUCUAGGAUCAGUUCCCUUCCGUUCAUAAAUUCAUAUUUAUUAUGAUCUAAAAAUGCCAAACGGAUCCUAAAUCAGCACUCUUGCUCUGAGCCUCAACUUGGAUAUGGGCCCUGAAAACAUUACUAUCGGUGGCUGUCAAAUCCUUGCUUCCUCUGUCCUUGUUUCCUUAUCUCCUUUUCUAAGAGCAAUGGAGAAGAGGAUACAAGGUCCCUCGCUUGUUUGGACCUUCUCUUCCAAUGCACUUUGAGAGGAACUCUGAACCAGGGUUUUGGGGCCAGUUCUAUUUCAAUUCCAGCGAUGGGUUCAGAUUUCUAAACUUUUUUAAAAUAUAUUGUUAAUCAUCAGUUAUACCAGAGACAUGAGGAGUGACAUAGUCUGGUUUCUACACCAGAAGUUAAUGGGUAUCCGUAGGAGUAAUGUAUAAGGUUGGGGUCAAGGAUGUUUGAAUAGGAGCCAGGGGACAUUUGGGAGGUGCUGAGUAGAGGAGAGGCGAUCCCAUGAUUAUGGUGGAGAGCUGUGGAUUAGUAAAGAAUGUAGAGGUCAGGUCACGUCACGUUAAGGCAGAAGGAACAGUGUGUUGCCCGCAUUACUUAACUUCCCGUCUAGUGAUAAAGACGUAAUGUUUAGAGAGAAGGAGGAGACUUUGUCUUAUGCAGCUGUAUUGACCCAAUGGGUGAAUAAACUUGGUUUAAGCUUUACUAAUCACCUGUGAGUUUUACUAACAAAACAGUCGUCAAUUCAGGAAGUACACUGAAAUUCUAACUCAAAUUCUUCUUCGUUGCGUUUCAAUGAGCGGAAUUUGGUUUUCUUUCUCAAUUGACUGGAAUUGAAAUGGAAUUAAUCCCAACCCUGCUAAGGAAACAAGGACAGGGGAUGCAAGGACUUAGUAGUAGUAGUAGUAGUAGUAGUAGUAGUAGUAGUAGUAGUAGUAGGCUCUGUGAGUCUCUGGGCUUUGUGGAGACAUACAGGUGGUGUGAUGUGGUCCAAAAUGUUUUCGGGGGGGGGGCUUCCAUGCUCUCUCUUUCUCCCCCUUUCCUGUCCUCCCUCAGUUCCCCAGGUUUAUACUAUACCACCCAGGAUCAACUCUUGAGUUGAUGAUUCUGUAUGAGGUAGAAAUGCAAGACACUGUAAGACAUUAAAUCAUCUGGAUGUUGUGGAGCAAACUGGCUAGAUAUUCUGUAGUGAAGUAAUGUUAACGUUGACAAAGAAAAUGGUAUUUGUUAUUAAAAGAAGGAGUGGGCUAGUGAGAAUGACAAUGUUGGUUUUUAUGGUAAUUCCCUGUAGUAACUGUUAUUAACUGUUGUAAGGAAAACACAAUAUGACAAUGACAGAAUUCUGUAUGUGGCACAAUAAAGUUCUCUAUUAUGAA